ACUCCACCUACACUCAUCUUUCAUCGGGAUCCCCAUCCCACAAACCACCACAGCCCGAGCUCCACCUUGUUUUCCCCACCAGACCAAUCCAUCCCAGCCAUCCCGAUUCCCACGAAGGUCCUCCUCGCCACCACCCACAGCCUCCCCUCCUUGCUACGCGAGCUGCACGAGCGCAGCAGCCGCUCGGGCACCAGGCCCCGCUCCCGUCUGGAUCGAGACCACCGGCGAGUCUCCCAACACCCGCACGUUCUCUGUCUCACCGUCGUCUUCGCGUGCCACGCCGGAGUUCCACCUCGCCGGAGCGGAGCUCCUCCUGCCGACGCCCUUUGCUACCCAGGCGAGCCCCCUUCGCGCCCUCUCCUUCCCUUCCUCCUUUCCUGUUCUUCUCUCUCUCAUAUGGAGCUCUCUAUCUCCCAGAAACCAUCCACGACCGACGACCUCGACUUGCCAUGGAUGGGUGCCUCCAAGUUCAACAACAAACGCCGGGACCGCUCCGCCACGACCUCCUCCGGCCUCGUCUGCCCCAUCCCCAUCGAAGGCCCGCCGUUGUCGCUUUUGUCCGGCGUGACCAGCACGACAAGUUCCUCUGCCUCGCGUCUCGUCCUCGUUGCAGGGAGGAGGAACGCCCGCGCCCAGCCCGUCUUUGAGCCAAGCCGCCGCGCUGGAGCUUUUCCACUGUCCAGCAGGGAAUCAGGAGCUCAAGCCCCUCCAUGGCCGCGCUCGACCUGCGCGUCCCCACCGCCCGGAUUCAUGCCGCUCCGCCGUCCCAUCUCCGGCCCUGCCUGCCGGAGCCGCAUCUCCCUGUGCCCGCAGCCCCGUAGCCGCGCUGCGCCUCUGCUUCGUUCGAGCAGAGGAGUUCGUUUGACCCCGUUCCCAUUCGUCCUCGUUAACCCGGGUCCAGUCGAUCGCCAAAUCCAACCAGAUCCGCCGGCCUGUUGCUUCCACCGCCUUGGGCCAAGGCCCAUGAGGCCCGGUGAGAACCCCAGCUCCCUCCUUUUUUUCCUUAAUGUUGGGCCUCUGCUUAGUUUCGGCCCGGCUACAUUUUUCCCCUGCUAGCAUUUUUCCUUAUAUCUAGUGCAUUCAUAAUUACAGAAUUUUGCCAUCAUUUUAAAAUGCUCUCACCUAAAUAAUCGUGCAUCGGAUUAAAAUAAGUUAUAUAUGAAACUUGCUUAAUAUUAUGUGUAGAUUAAUAAUAUGCCAUUUUCUUG